AUGCGCGCUUUUAUUGCUCUGUGUUUGGUGGCAGUUGCCUGUGCUGACCAAUUGGGUUACAAUUAUCAACCUGUUGGCCACUCUGGCAGUGGAUUAUCCUUUACACCUGGUGCUGGUGCGUAUGUUGGUAACAACGGAGCUGCAUAUGGUGGCCCCGCUGGAGGAUAUGGCGGAAACGCUGGUGGUGGAUAUGUUAGUAACAAUGGUGCUGGAUAUGGCGGAAACACUGGUGGUGGCAGCAUCGAUGGUGGUUUUGGCAACACUGCUAAUGGUGCCAACUACGGCAAUAAUGGCGGCAAUAGUGCUCCUUCUUAUUCUGCUCCCGCAGAACUCAUUAAGGAGUUUUAUAGCUUUUCCGCCCCCGAAGAUGAUUUUGUCGAUCCCCAUGCUGCCGAACGUGCUGCUAGUAGCUUGAAACAAGGCCUUCGUGUCAUCUUCAUCAGGAGUCCCGAAAACAGCGGUCUCGAAAAUGCUGCUCUUGCUUUGGCCAAACAAGCUGCUCAACAACAAACUGCCAUUUAUGUCCUCAACAAACAAGCCGACAUUGGUGAUUUGGCCAACAGACUCAAUGCUCUCGGCAGCAAUAACAAUGCUAAGCCAGAAGUUCACUUUGUCAAAUAUCGCACCGCCGAAGAUGCUGCCAAUGCUCAACGUGCCAUCCAAGGCCAAUAUGAUUCCUUGGGAGGGAUUUCUCAUAACAUUAAUGGCGGUUUGGCUCCUGUCAUAAACUUCGCCUCACAAGCUCCCAUUCAUACUGCCAAUCCACAGGCACCUCAGAAUACCUAUUUGCCAUCCUCAGUAUUCCGUUUCCGUUUGUAG